GACGUGAACUGGCACCUGUAAGGAAUCCUGGUGCAUGCAAGCCUGGGCUCAUCUCAUUUCCCCCAAGGUGCCAAGCAUGUUGGAACUAGAAAAAGUAAAAAAGCCCCCCAAGAGACCACCUCCCUCAGAGUCAAUGGGGCAGGAGCCCCAUGUGUGUGCCAGCAGCCCAGUGGCCAAGAGUCCAUCUGCCACCCUGGCUUGCCCUGGCCCCAAGUUCAUCACCACAGCUGUCAACACCCACCCUGGACAUGGCCAUGCUGCUGGAGAAGACCUGCCAGGGGCUGAAAUCAAACCUGAGAUUGUUGAAGCAGAGGGCAAGGGUGCUGGUGACCACAGAAAGAAGCUCAGACCCUCUGGCUCCCCAAAGGAACAUGAAAGUGACCUGUCCCUUUCAAGGAGCACCCCCCACCCACUUCCCAGUGGCAUGUUGGACCCUGAACCUGACCUAGCCCAAGUUCUCCUUGAGAGAAAGGUAGAAGGUACCCUUGGCUUACCUGCCUAUACCAGGAAGAAAAAGGCCUGCACCCCGGGGAGGCCUGGUCUUCACCCAGCUGCCUCGCAGACCAAGUGCAGAGGCAGCCCUGCGCAGAGGAAGCCAAGGAGGGAUUCUGGCUCUAAAGCAGACCCUGGGCAGGAGCCGCUUGUUCUGCCUAAGAAGAAGAAAGUCUCCAGACAGAAAGCACGUGUCUGGAAAGAAGAAAAGGGGCAGUCCAGAAAGAAGUCAAGGUCACUGCCGCCCAGUGUGGAGCAGGCUCUUUCUCCCUCAGCUGGCAUCCCGGUCCUCUCCCAGCCCCCGCAAGUGGCCAGCCCUGAGAGGCUGGAGCUGAGCCAGGAAGCAAGGCAAGCCACCGUCCUCCCAGCCCAGGGGACCCCAGAGGCGCAACCCCCAAAGAAAUGGAAGAAAAAGCUUCUGCUCGCUGGCAUGAAGGAGAAGUUAGAGAGCCAGCCGAGCGUACGGAAGUCGUCCUGCUGGAAAAAGCUGAUCAGGGCUGUGCAAGCGCAGACCCAGGCCGUGUCUCCUGCCCAGCACUCCCUGGGCCUGCUGCAGGAAGCGGGGCCGAAGCCCAUGCUGGACGUCACCGAGUUCUUCACUGUUGACCGUAAGAACAUCCACCGGCUCAUCUGCAGUCUCUGUCACAGCAGUGUCAGACAGAGUAGAGCUGAGGGGCAGUCCCAAACCUCAGGCCUUGUCCACCACUUGGCCAGUAAACACGGGCUGCGGUGGGAGAGAAGGUCGUCUGCAAGCAGCCAGGGGAACGUGCCAGCAGAUGCUGCCAGCCCUGUGUCUGAGGGGCACCCAGUGCCAAGAUGCCACCCACCCACUGCAUCCUGGGGAGGCAGCAGCAGGGAACCUGCCCUGGACAGUGCUGGUCAGCCGUUCCAAGCCCCGCCAGCCUCACCUGUUCCACCGGUAGCGGUGAGGGAUGGCCAGAGUGGCACCUAUGCUCCCAAUCAGCCCCGUGCCCAGGCCUGGAACCACAGCGUAGCAGAGCUGCUGUGCGGCCUGGCCUUGCCACUCUCCUUCGUGUCCUCCAAGCCCUUCAGGAAGUUCAUGGCCCAGGUGGACCCCUGCUACCAUCUGCCCUCUCCAGCCUUCUUCUCCAACAAAGCAUUGCCACUGCUGCACGAGGCCGUGGGUGAGCAGGUGCUUCAGGAGAUGCAGUGGGCUGCAGGGGGCCGUGUCCACCUCACUACCUCCAUGUUGUCCCACGACUCGGUCGUGAACUACGUGGCCAUCACUGCGCACUGGGGGACCACAGGGCAGGGACCGGUGGCUGCAUCAGGGAGCCUGAGAAAGCAGGCAGUUCUGUGGGUCCGGGGCAUGCCCCUGGAGAAAGCAGUAGAGGAGAAGCAGUCAGAACUGCUAGAGCAGAUCAGUGUGUGGCUGGGCCGCAGCUCCCUGAGACCAGGGUUCCUGGUGUCAGGCGGCUGCCCCAGCCUGGAGCUGACGGUGAAGGCUGAGGGUUACACCCACAUCCCUUGUUUUGCUCACCAUCUCAACUCCCUGGUGAGUAACUUUUUGUGUCGCCACCAUAGCAUCCAGAUUAUCCUGGGCACAGCCAGGGCCAUCUGCAGCCAUUUCCAAGGCUCUGCAGAGGCCCGGAGGCUCCUGGUCCAGUUGCAGCAGCAGUGCGGCCUCCCAGCCCAGCAGCCCUUGGAGGCACUCUCAGACCACUGGGCUUCAGCCUACCGUUUGAUGGAGUGGCUGGUAGAACAGCAGCAGCCACUGAAGCAGUAUGAGGAGAAGCACCAGCUAGGCAAGGAUGGCACCGCCCUGUCGGCCAUGUUCUGGAGCCUGACGACCAGCCUCGUCCAGCUCCUGCAGCCCUUCCAGAUGGUGGUGCAGGAGGCCAGCACGCCACAGGCUUCGCUGAGCCAGGUGCUGCCCCAGCUGCGUUACCUGUACAUCUUCCUGGAUCAGGCUCACAGGCACUUCAGGGGACAGAGUGCUGGGGAGGUGGAUGUGGCCAUCAGGCUGGCCGAGGGCCUGGCCCUGCAGCUCUCCACGGACUCUCAGCUCAACGAGUUCUUCUACCGGGAGGAGUUUGUGCUGGCGACCUUACUGGACCCCCGCUUCAAGGGCAAGAUGGAGGCCAUCCUGCCCACGGGGGCUGACAUCGACCACUGGAGGCAAGUGCUUGUGUACAAAGUGAAGGAGAUCAUGGUGUCUGAAGACUCUUUGCCGGCCUCAGGCACCCUGCUGGGCCCCAGGGGGACACGUGUGAGCACUCCCAUGGGCAUGGCCAGGAGCCCGAGGGAGCCUCUGCAGAGCUGGGGUGGCUCCGGCUCCUUGCUCCUGGGCGGGCGGGGGAAGAGCCUGCUGGAGCAGCUGGAGAGUGCGGGGCUGCUGGCAUCCGAAAGGAGCGGGGCCUCACUUGCCACCGAGAACCACCAGGCCAGCAUCAUUGUCAAGAAGUACCUGCGGGAAAACGAGACAGUCGGGGCCCAGGAUGACCCCCUAGCUUACUGGGAGAAGAAGCGCAGAGCGUGGCCAGCCCUGGCCCAACUGGCCACCAUCUACCUGUCAUGUCCUGCCACGGGCGCCUUCUCUGAAGGGAUCUUUGCCUCCUUGAACAGCCCCACCAUGAAAGAACAAGAAUCUUCCCUCAAAACAGAGACCAUUGAGCAUCUCCUCUUCUUGAAGGCCAACCUGGAGAACUUCCCCAACUACACUCCACCUCCCCUUGUCUUUCCCAGUGGCGACCUGGCCAAGGCGGAGCAGAAUGCAUAGCCUGAGCGGGGAAUCCCAGUGCCUAUAAAACUGUGUCACAUAAUGCAAUGUAAUCAAUAAUAAUAAUAAUAAUAAUAAAAAGAAUGCAUAGCCUGCCUGGUGGCAUCCUGCUCAUGGCAUCUUGUAGGCUCAGACACUUAGAGGAAGACCUGGCAGUCACGUAGAGGGACCCUGCAGUGGGUGAGAGAGCAGAGUGUCACAUCCAAGGACACGACACGUAGGUGGCCAGAAUCUCACCCAUUUGAUAAGGAAGAGAGGGUUGCCCGAUUUUUCCAGGUGGCCAGGUCUUGUUGGUUGUAUUUCUUUUUCUAGAGGCUGUCAAUUCUACUUGCCCAUUAUCAGUUGUAUCUAAUAGUAUUCGCAAAGAAAAAGCUGGCUGUGUUCAUACGUGCUGAUGAACUGAUACUGUAUGGCUUAGCAAAUUGAAAUGUUCUGUUGAGAUGAUAGUGAAUAUCAAGGACUUUA